AUGGCGGAAUCAUAUCUAGCAUGGGAUUUAUCAGUGCUAGAACACAGGCGUGUUAUGGUUAUGCGGCGGCAAAUCGCACGAAACCGGCGCGAAAGUGAAAAUCCUUUGGAUUUAGAGGAUAGUGAAUUCUUGUACCUUUACAGAGUUACAAAAGAUAUGUUUAGCGAGCUCGUAGGUGCACUUAGGCCAUCUCUUCAAAAACAACGGCCGUACGGACUUUCUGUAGAGUCCCAACUACUGACGGCACUUCGAUUUUAUGCAAGUGGGUGCUAUCAGCUACCUGUUGGCUUACAGUGGGGUUGCAGCAUGAGCCAAAAAUCGGUUAGCCGAGUAGUACAUGCUAUAACCGAAGCUAUUAAUGAAAAAUUAUUGAGAAAAUAUAUAAAAUUCCCUAUGACCCCUGAAGGGCGGCGAGCAGCUAAAGCAAAAUUUAGGAAUGCCCCACAGCCAUUUCCGGAUGCGAUAGGAGCCAUAGACUGCACACACAUAAAAAUUCUAGCUCCAAAGUUGCAUGAAGAGGCAUAUGUGAGCGGUCACCAUGAGGGACAUUCAUUAAAUGUACAAGUUGUGUGUGACCCAGACCUGUUAAUUUUGAACAUCAAUGCUAAAUGGCCAGGAGCCAGACACGAUGCUCACAUAUGGGCAAAUUCACCUGUACGCUCAACCAUGAAGCGACAUUUUGACAAUGGGGAUCGCCGUACAUGGUUACUUGGUGAUGAUGGAUAUCCUCUGGAGCCAUGGUUGAUGACCCUAAUAAAAAAUCAACACCUUGGGACGCCGGAGCGUAGAUACACAGAUGCUCAUGGUUCAGCCAGAAACAUCAUAAAAAGAUGCUUUGGUGUGCUAAAGUCUGUUUUUAGGUGUCUGUCUCAUCAACGCCAGUUAAUGUAUGAGCCAUACACUGCUGGCCUAAUAGUAAAUGCAUGUGCAGUACUACACAACAUGCGUAUUAAAUAUAGAUUGCUGGAACCAUAUGUCACCACAUCCACAGAAAUCAUUGUUGAUAGCUAUAAUGAUGAUGGCUUGGAAGAUACAGGAAGAGUAACUGGCACUGGGCGAGCUAUUGCAAAGCGAAUACAAAGAAGAUUAAUAAAUACUACUUUUACUUAA